GGAAGAGAGCAUUGAUAUAGUCAACAGGAUUGAAAUCUGGUUGAUCUAGUGGAUCGUUACUUGGAAGAACCUAUAAUUGACACAGUGUUUUCAUAUCAGUAAAUCAAUAAAAGUACACAAGCAGUCCAUAGUGUUAAAGGUUACGAAUUUUUUAAAAUAUACCAAACAAUAACAAAAUCUCUGACAUUAACCUUUUCUAUCACUGCUUGGACACUUGGUGGAAAAUUAUAAAUCAUUGAUUCUAAAUCCUCAAGGAUAUUCUCCUCAGAAGAAGCCAUUUUCGCCAAAAUAAAAUAACUUAAAAAAGUCUAUUAGAAGCUAAUUCAGGGACACACGUCGCUCUGAUCAUCUAUAAUUAAUUUUAACUGCUUGGCAUCAAUGAGUAUUUGCCAUCAUUCAAAUCGGAGCAAAUGCUUGUUGCUGUCAACGUCAACUAAACAUACGGCAUUUCGGAGCACAAGUGUUAUGUUCCGGCCAGUUAAUAUUUAGUGGAUAUCAUAGGUAUAUUCGCGGAUCUGUUGCCAACAUGAGUCGUGAUUUCUAGUAAUAUUUUUCGUUCAUAAUAGAAUAGAAUUCACUAAGUAGUUGUUACUAGAUGUAUUUUCAUACACGGCACACGCAUGUGCACAGUGCAUUCUAUAGAUUGCAGAAGAAAAUAAAAUAUAUACUUAUACUUAUAAAGUAUAUAUGCAAACGGCGUCAACUCAAGUUAUAUAUAGCGGGAAAGAGUUUGGUUAUGCGGUGAUUUUGUCAUUUCGAAUCUCAAGAACUUCUAUAGAAAAUGAAUGAACGCUUUAAGGAGCCAGUUCUUUUUGUGGGAGACAUCGAAGACGACAUUAAUUUAUCGAUGCCACCGGCGACUGGCGAAGAAUACAUAAAAAGAGUCAUACUGGAAGCUCGACAAUGCGAGGACGUUGUGUGCGCGAAAAUCGAUGAAGCCAGGCUCAAAAAGCCAACGCUGAAUGUCAAACCAUUACCAGAAUGCGCCAAAGCGCCAGACUAUGUUAGUCCAACGAUGGAGUGGCAACAUUGUCAAUUAGCAGAUUUUUCACAUUCAAGACUGUACAUUGCCCAAAUGAGAGAAGAAAUUACAAAUUGUAACAGAAAAAAAAAACCUAUGAAGGAUAAACUGCCAGAUGUAAAUGAUCAAACUAGGUGGAUUGAUAUGUGUACAGCUUCUGAGGAAAAAAAAACCUUAUACAUUGAACCAACGCUUACAGUAAUUCUUUCAAUGAACCAGCCAACAAUCGAACAAGUCUUGGAGUAUCUGGUAGAGUAUUUAGAAGAGCAAAUUUCUAUACAACCACCAUUAGGUCGAUGGUUAUAUGCACUUUUAUCUGCUUUGGAAUUGCCAUUAAAUCCAGACAUGUGUUCAUGUUUGAGAUCUUUGGCUAGAACGUGUUCAAAAAUGAGAUCUCAGUUGGCUUCUUCGUGUGCAAAUGAUGCCAUAUCAUUAAAUUUGUUCAUUUGCUUAGUAGCAAGAUACUUUAGACAAUUGGAUCUAGCAGAUCCAUAAAUUAUUUAUUGUCUGUUAAUAAACGGUAAUAUGUUCGUUUUUAAUAAUAUAAAUAAUUUAUGAUUAGUAAUAAAAAUAAAUAUUUUUAUACUUCUAAAA